AUGGGAUCUACAGGCACAGAGGGAACUGAGGGAAUGGACAGCACUCCUCUGAAGUAUCCCGUAGGAGGUCAUACAGAGAAAAUGUGGCAACGCCUGAAAGGGAUAUUAAGAUGUUUAGUGAAGCAGCUGGAGAAAGGCGAUGUUAACGUGGCUGAACUGAAAAAGAACAUCGAAUAUGCAGCGUCUGUUCUGGAGGCAGUAUACAUCGAUGAAACCAGGAGGUUGUUGGAUACCGAGGAUGAACUAUCAGAUAUCCAAUCAGAUUCUGUUCCACUGGAAGUACGAGAUUGGUUAGCAUCUACCUUCACGAGGAAAAUGGGGAUGACAAAAAGGAGACCGGAGGAGAAACCAAAAUUUCGAAGCAUCGUGCAUGCUGUACAAGCUGGGAUCUUUGUGGAAAGAAUGUAUCGAAGAACGUCUAGUAUGAUUGGUUUGGCUUAUCCAGCUGAAGUAAUAGCAUCCUUUAAGGAUGUUGACAAAUGGUCAUUUGAUGUAUUUUCCUUAAAUGAAGCAAGUGGAGGCCACAGCCUGAAAUUCAUGAUGUAUGAAUUGUUUACCAGAUAUGAUUUAUUGAGCCGUUUCAAGAUUCCUGUUCCAAGUCUUAUUUCAUUUGGAGAAGCUUUGGAAAUUGGCUACAGCAAGUAUAGAAAUCCUUACCACAACUUGAUCCAUGCAGCUGAUGUUACCCACACUGUACAUUGCAUCAUGCUUCUCACUGGGAUCAUGCACUGGUUAACUGAACUGGAAAUAUUAGCCAUGAUUUUUGCAGCUGCAGUUCAUGACUAUGAACAUACUGGGACUACAAACAAUUUCCACAUUCAGACCAGGUCAGAUGUUGCCAUUCUGUACAAUGAUCGCUCUGUUCUCGAAAACCACCAUAUUAGUGCUGCUUAUAAGAUUAUGCAGGAAGAGGAAAUGAAUAUUCUGGUGAAUCUAACAAAAGAUGAAUGGAGGGAGCUGCGCAACCUGGUUAUUGAGAUGGUUUUAUCUACUGAUAUGUCUGGGCAUUUCCAGCAAAUCAAGACAAUGAGGCACACUCUUCAGCAAACAGAAGGGAUAGACAAAGCCCGAGCCAUGGCCUUGAUCCUCCAUGCUGCUGACAUCAGCCAUCCAUCAAAAUUGUGGGAUCUGCACUACCGAUGGACAAAGGCCCUGAUGGAAGAAUUUUUUCGACAGGGAGAUAAAGAGGCAGAGCUGGGGCUACCAUUCUCUCCUCUCUGUGACCGGAAAUCCACCAUGGUGGCACAGUCCCAAAUAGGUUUCAUUGAUUUCAUAGUGAAACCGACGUUUGCUCUUCUUACUGACUCCAUGGAGAAAAUAGUUUUUCCUCUUAUAGAGGAAGCAUCAAAGUCCGAAAGUCCUACCUUUGUGACAGCACCAAGUGAAAAUAGUACAGGAAGUACCAGCAGUGAUAUACACAAAAAGAUAAGUAUAAAAAAUGCCGCAUGUGUUGGUGGGACCUGCUCAGAAAACCCUUUGGCAAUGGUGGAUUUAAGAAGCUUUAAGGACAACUUGUUCCAGACCAUACAGGAAAACAAAGACAGGUGGAAAGAUUUAGCAGAAAAAGGUAGGUUUUCCCUUGCCAGUUCACCAAUAAGUUCAUCUUUUAUCUGUGUUUAUGUUACCUUGGACAUACUAGAUAACAAGAUUUGCUAAUGGUC